GUGGGCGCAGUCCGUUGUUCAUUUGCCAUUCGACCUCGGCCGUGCUGGAGGGAGACGCGGCGGUUUGUGGGCGCCAUCUAUCCCGGGCGGCGGCGGCGGAGGAGACGCAGGAAGCCGGAGCAUUUGAGGGGCCUGAGUGAGGUGUGCUGAGGCAGCGGUACCCAGAAUCCCCCGCGGCGGCGGCACCACCUCACACAGCGGGCACGUCACGUCUUCUACCGGGGGGAGGUAGCAGGUCCCCCACCGGAGCUGCCGGGCCCCGGUCGGACUGUUUGUGAGAGACGCGGACAUGGCGGAGAUGAACCGCAGGACCUUGGCCUUCCGGGGGGGUGGAGGCCUCCCGGCCGUCUCGGGGGCCCCUGUGAACAAUAACAACAAUGGCGUCGGCUCCGGGCUGCUGUCUGCGGAGGAGGCCUCGGCCUGGUCGAUAAGCCGACAUCUGAAUGGCGGGGGGAACGGAGCUCCUGCCAGGGACGAUGAGGAAGUGGAGGUGGAACUGGAGCCCGAGGGCCUGCUGGACGACGAGGAGGAGGAGAGCGAGGCCUACCCGGGAGUCGUGCUGGGCGGCCGGGCGGAGAGCCGGCAGAACGUGGCCGGGGGCAGCGGGGUGGCCGGGGCGUCAGUCAGCGGGGAGAGCAGCGACGACGAGGAGGAAGAGGACGACGACGACGAGGAGGACGAAGAGGCGGCGGCGGCGGCUCGGGGAGAGGCUGCGGCCCCGGAGGACGAGGACUGCACCAUCCAGGGCGAGGGGCCCCGGCGCUUCGGCCUCCUCCCCGCCGCCCGCAGCCAGUCCCUGCUGCCCAGCCUGCACUGCUCCUUCCAGGGCUCCUGGCUGCAGGAGUUCGCCUGGCUGCGCUUCUGCCAGGAGACCGGCCUCAUGUCCUGCGCCUGGUGCCACAAGGAGGCGGGCGGCCACGACGAGCUGGCCAAGGGCACCCACACCUACAAGAGGGCGCUGCUGGUGCGGCACUGCCAGUCCGCGGAGCACCGCCUCAACGACCCCGCCGCUCAGGAGCUGGAGAUAAAGCGGGAAGCGCCAGACACGUACAGCGACUACAGUAUAAAGCCAAACGAGAACUCCUACUGCUACCAGCUUCUGCAGGAGCUGAACGACCAGAGGAAGAAGGGCAUUCUCUGUGACGUCAACAUCGUGGUGAACAGCAAGGUUUUCCGCGCCCACAAGAACAUCCUGGUUGCAGGCAGCCGCUUUUUUAAAACCUUAUACUGUUUCACAAACAAAGACAGCCGCGACCAAACCACUGUUACGCACUUGGACAUUGUCGCCGUUCACGGGUUUUCGGUCAUCUUGGACUUCAUGUACUCCGGUAAUCUUGUACUCACAAGCCAAAACGCCAUAGAGGUGAUGACGGUGGCCAGCUAUCUCCAGAUGACCGAGGUGGUCCACACGUGUCGUAAUUUCAUCAAAGAUGCCUUGAACAUAAGCAUAAAGUCUGAAGCUCCGGAUUCUGUCGUGGUCAACUAUAACAAACGAAAGAACAGUGAGGCGAACUCCUCCCGGGAGCAGAAAUCCGCCAGCUUCUGGGCAACCCGCAACCUCACCAGUUUGGCAAGCAAUGUCAAGCUCGAUCCGGACGGGUUCAGUGUCGAAGAUACCUCGGGCGAAAAUUUCCAGGCCAACGACUCGACGUGGAUUCAGGAUAGUUCUCCCGAGGUUACGGAAAUUGAGCCCCCUGCUCAGGGAAAGGUGUUUGUAUGGAACGAUAUGGCUUCGAAUUCAUUGAACAUGCAAGAGGCUAAUAAGCCACGGAGGAAAAACCAAACCACAAAGAGAUUUGUGUAUAACAUCCCUCCGAACAAUGAACUUCAGGUGGAUGGUAACACCAUGCUGCAGCAACCUGUCCCUUACCAAGAGGAGGACGUGCAGUGCUACCAGGAUGGAGCAGGGACCUCAAAUGAGUUUAAGUUCAGUAUGUUCCCCGAGACGUGGCAAAGGGAAACGUGGGAAAAUGGUGAUGCAUCAGCUGGGCUCAACAAAUUAAAAUGCCCUCACUGUAACUACGUAGCCAAAUACAGAAGAACACUGAAAAGACACUUACUUAUUCACACAGGAGUGAGAUCUUUUAGCUGUGAUAUCUGCGGAAAGCUGUUCACUCGAAGAGAGCACGUCAAGAGACAUUCCCUGGUGCAUAAGAAGGACAAGAAGUACAAGUGCAUGGUAUGUAAAAAGAUCUUCAUGCUGGCAGCGAGCGUUGGAAUUCGGCAUGGCUCUAGACGCUACGGAGUGUGUGUAGACUGUGUGGAUAAAUCCCAGCCGGGGCUUCAAGAGGCUGGUGUAGAACAAGGGACAGACCAAGACUACGCCAGGGAUGAAGAAUAUGACGAUAAUGACGCUGUGGAGGCGGUUGAUGCCGAUGAUGACCUAGUUGAUGAAGGAGAAGAUCAGAAUGACCAUUCUCGGUGGGCAGAACAUAAUGACCCAUCACGCUGGGGAGAACAGAACGAUCCGUCACAUUGGGAGCGACCGAAACCUCAGCCUCGGUGGGAUGAGUCAGGAGAUGUUUGUAUGACGAUAGAUGACUGACUGCCAAUUGGCAUUUAAACUCAAGGGUGCUGCAGCUGGACGGGAUGUUCACGUGGAUUGUUGGAACAUGGGCUUGAAGGCUUACAAAACAUGGUACUGUGCUGGACAAUAGUUGUUGCUGUGAAAACUGUAGGGUCAAAGCCUUAUAGCAAAAAAAGUUUUGUGUUUUUUUUUUUUUUUUUUUUUAGUUUUAUUUGCACAGGACUGUACAGAAUACAACCGUUUGGUUGAAAUUUACAGAGUCCUAACAUCUCCAAUCAGUUAUGAAAGAAAUGUAUUUUUAUUUAUAGGAUAUAGCUAUGUUGGUCCUAUCAGAGCCUAAAACUACUAUUGUAAUGUUAAUACAUGUCUCAUUAUUUUUGGUUAAUAUGAGGAGAGAUGUCGAGGUAUGAAUGUGACGUUCCUUACACUACUAGGGUGUGACUUUAACCUUGAUAAUUUUUGUUUUAUUUUUUUGCAUUGCUAACCCGUAUUUCACUGUAAGGAUCCAGCUGCACCGCUCUAAGCGAAGUACAGGUCCAUAUCUGUUGGGUCUUGGGCAAUUUUUUUUACAUUUUUAUUUUAAAUUUUUUUUGGCAAAUGUGUGAUAAAUAUAUUGACUGGGAGGCCGUGCUCGUGUUCGAUCACAUUUCUGCCGCGUAGAAAUAGGUUUUCUUUUUAUAAUUGACUGUAACUGUGUUCACAUUUUCUUCAAGUUUAAUUUAUUACCUGUAAAACCCACCAGUUUUGUUAGCGCUCUCAAGUCGAGUGCUGAAGUCACACGUCUUCAGGUCAUGAGUUGUGUUGGGGUGGAAGAACGGUCUACGCUUUUGACAGCGUGCAUAUAGAGGGACGACCGAACAGGAGUGAUCAGCGAGUCACUCUGGAUCGUAGGUGGUUUUCGGUGUUCGCUCCUGAAUUGCUGAUUUUUCUAUUCUCAGUGGACACACGGCUUCUUCUAGUAAGGCAGUAUCUGCUCCGGCAAAAUGAUGCUCCAGGUUCUUUUAUUCUUCCUCUAUUAAAAAAAACGUGGCAAUAUUUUCCCAUGAGAUGCCUGACUUUAGCACUUGGCCAUUCUUUUUUUUUUUUUCUUCCCCUCUUUUCCAACCGUUAAAGGGGUUUCUGGUUUCCUGACAUUGCUGACCUGGUGGUGGGGGGGGGGGGGGGGGUCUCGCUUCUGGCACUCUCAUUGAUCAGCUGUUUGAAAGGGGAUGCAGUGCUCGCGCAAGUGCUGCAGUCCCUUCACACAAUUGAUGGACACUGGGUGCCGAGAGUCAGACCCCACCGAUCUGAUAUUGAUGACCUAUCCUCGGCAAUAUCAUGAAUCCAGACAACCCCUUUAAAGAACAUCUGUCAGCAGUUUUGUACCUAUGACACUGUCUGACCUUUUAC